UAACUGUGUUCUACAUCAAAUGUAAACAGCGAGAUCUCUUAUCGUUCUUGGCAGACAGUUUAUCUAGACGUGUGCUGGGCAGCAGAAAAAAAAAAAACAUUGGCUUCUAAAUGUCCGUUUGUUUCUAGUGAAGGUCUAGACAAGGGGACACUAUUCUAACCAGUUGGUUAUAAGGGAGUUUAUGUGUCUAAAGAUUGUGGUCAUUUCCAUUGGAUAUUUCGACAUAAAGAACAUCAUUGGAUAGAGGGAUCAAGUGUAUCCACAAUGGAUGAGUUCUGCUAAGUGUUUGGAUUACUCGACUCCUCAGCUGACCACGGGGGUCAAGAUGAUCCCUACACUCUAUCUGCUGCUCGCUUUGAGCUUAGCCCACCUGUCGUAUGGAGGCGGUGACCAGCUGUACGUCAGUAACGGCAGCCACAUCUUGAGGAUGUCCCGCCACGGGCAGACCUACCAGCCUGUGUAUCAUCAGCCUGGCGGUAAAAUCGUGGGGCUGGCUGUCGACAUCGGGGAGGAACUACUUUUCUGGUCAGACGUCGCGCCCAGACAGCGGGCUAUUUUUAAAUCUAGGCUGGACGGAAGUGACGUCACAACUAUAGUAACAGGUGUUGAAGAGUGUAACGGCCUAUCUGUGGACUGGGUGUCCAAGCACAUCUACUGGACAGACGCGGGCAAGAAGACGGUGGAGAUCGCCAACUAUAACGGCAGUGGCCGGCGUAUUCUGGUGGGCGAUGGUCUGAGUAACCCUAGGGGAAUCGUCAUUGACCCAGUCUUUGGUCACGUGUACUGGGCCGACCAGGGGACGAAGCGAAUCGAGAGAUCUCUGCUAGAUGGGAGUGACCGGAAGUUGCUGGUGGACAAAGACAUGGGCCAUCCCAACCAACUGUCGGUCAGCUACUCCACCAGGAAACUGUACUGGGUGGAUGUCAAGAAAAUGGCUAUCAUGUCAUGUGACAUUGAGGGCGGAGACCUGACGAGAGAGAGGGAUCUCCAGGAAAUAUCAGGCGGACAUCAUGUCUUUGGUCUUGUUGUCAUUGGCAACACGGCUAUCAUAAGCACCUGGUACAAGUCCAAGAUAGCCUCGACGUUUGUGGCCACACGAGAGGCUUUAUGGCGCAGUGAGAUGGUCCUCCAUCACAGCCCCCACCUCUACAGUCUGGCUGCAACCACACCGUCCAUACAGGCAGCUAGUUUCCACCCAUGCGGCCAGCCAGAGAGGGGUGGCUGUACCCACUUGUGUCUGCCGACUAAAGGAACAGCUUACAAGUGCGCAUGUCCGUCGUUUGGCGGGCUAGCUUUGAGCUUCAACGCUAAGAGUUGUGAAGCGCCUGGAGAGUUACUGUUCUUUACCCUUAAAGAAUCUGGUGAAGUCGGGUUUAUCUCCCUUCGUGGGGCGCAGUCUUCCUAUCUGACCCUCGUGGGUCGCAGCUCCCGGCCCAGUGCUGUAACCUAUGACCCCAUCAAACAGGUCGUCUACUGGAGUGAUGAGGAAGAUGGUGCCAUCUACCAGGCUAAUUUAGCUGGCACUGGAGAGAAAGAAAUUUUUCUUAACGCAACACAUGGGAUAGGCACAGUGGAUGGUCUAGCAAUGGACUGGGUAUCCAAACAACUCUACUUCACCAACCUAGGACAGUCCAGGCCUGGGUUAGAUGGGGCCGUUUAUUCCUGGCAUCGGCUGGAAAAAAUUUCAUUGGACAAAAAGAACAGGAGGACCGUGGUCAGUGAAGUUGAGAGACCUCGGGGUGUGGCCGUUGACCUGGAGAAUGGAUUUCUCUUCUAUGGAGACUGGGGCAAGCAGCCUCACAUAAUGCAAGCCCAGCUGGAUGGAUCAAACAAAACUGUUCUCCUAGAUACUGGCUUGAGUCAUCCAAAUGGAUUGUCUUUUUAUGAAGGGAGGCUAUAUGUGGCUGACUCUAACCCAAACAACAAGAGUUAUGCCCCUCAUCUAAUGGUCUUUGAUGCAGCGACCAAGGAAUGGACACCUCUGAAGAUCAGCAACAACUUCUCUAUUCCCAUGGGACUGGCAGUCCAAGGAGACACACUCUACUACUCUGACUGGGUCAAGACUGAGAGCCUUGAGGGCUACAUCAAAUCAUUUAACUUGAGGUUUGGUGUAGACAACAAUGUCAUACUCAAUGGCCUGAGACCAACUGGCCUGCACUAUUCACCAUUAGCCCGACCUAAACAAGAUUUGCAUGAUGCAGUUUGUGAGAAGUCAGCUUGCAGUGAUGACUGUGUUAGGACACCACAAAACAAAGAGAAGCCAUAUCAGUGCUUGUGUCCUGAUGAGUCCACUAAGAUUUUAUCAAGCAACUUGGCCACAUGUGCACGCCCUCAGAACUUCCUGUUGGUGGCUGACCUGAACACGCUGAAGCUUGUCUCCCUUGAUGAGGACACAGAACCAGGGGCUCACACCCUGCUCUACGACAACAUCGACUCCAACUUUGUGGCGCUGGCCUAUGAUGAGACCACGGACAGUGUCUACUGGAGUGACAUCACCAGGCAAUCUGUUUACUACUCCCCAUUUAUGGAAUUCAAGCCCCAGUUAGUGUACAAAGCGAAUCACUACAUAGAUGGACUAGCAGUAGACACAGACAAACAGAGGCUGUUCUGGACUGGCUACACCCACAAUGGCAGUGGGGUCAUUGCUAGACUUCACAUCCCCAGGGGACGAGAGUCCUACCAUGAAGUUAUAACUGGGCUAAACAACCCACGGGCUAUUCACCUGCUCCCAGAGAAAAAGAUAAUUUUUUGGACGGAGUACGGCUUAAAAAAUGACCCGCCUCGUGUUUGUAAAUCAAAGAUUAGUGGCAAGAAUCUUAAAACUUUGAUGGACCGGCGUUUGUUUUGGCCCAAUGGGUUGGCCACUCACCAGCAGAAAUUGUUUGUAGCAGAUGGAGCAGGCAAAGUGUACUCAAUGGAUUUUGAAGGGGGAAAUCAGGAGGAGUUAUCAUUCUUGACUGCACCAGGAUUGCACAUAUUUGGUCUUGUUGUCAUGGAAACGGUACUGUUUUAUUCUGACUGGUACACAAACAGUGUGUACAUGGUUGACAGAUACACUGGCAGAAUAGAUACUCUAGUUUCUCACUUAUCUCGACCUACUAGCCUUGUUGUUUAUCACCCAGCUAACCUUACAGUUGUAAACCAGUGCUUAAAAGAGAGCACAAAAUGUGUUGAGACCUGCAUUCCUGUACCAAGAUCAUUCCACUGUACCUGCUCAGUAGGAUCCAAGCUAGCCUCAGAUGGAUAUAGUUGUAUUACAAUGGCCAGUCCUUGGGAAGUAACAGAGGAAUCAAAGUGCCAAAGCCAGUGCCAUGACAAUGCUUACUGCUCACAACUAGUGCCACUCCUGGCAUACCAGUGUGUUUGUAAAGCUGGCUACGAGGGGGACGGCUUGACUUGCUCAGCUUGCCAUGAAAAUUUCUUUAAACCUUUGUUGGGAAACGAUUCCUGCUCUCCGUGUCCUAAUGGCUCCAACACUCAGGGAAUGAAAACAGCCACUCAGUGUUUUUGUGAGAAUGGUCAACAUAGGAUUGUAAACAAUAUUUGCACAGAUGCCACAACAGCAACUACAGUUGUAACAACAUCAGCUGAGUUCAGGCAGGAUGACAACAAAGAGCUGACAACUCUGGAGCCUUUUGUUGAAACUACAGAGUUGCUGCCAGCCCCACCAUAUUUUGAUGAGUGUCCCUAUGGCGAAACAAUUGUUUUGAAACUUCCUGAAACAAGUAAUCGCAUUUGGCUGCCCAUCACCUGGAAAGCCCAUGAUGCACAUGGAAAAGAACUUGUAUUAAAGUCCAAUAUGAACAUGUCUGAAAACAAAAUUCUCAUAUCCUGGGUAGCUAAUGGGGACGUUGGUCAGCAGACUGUUGUCCUAGAGGCUAAGGAUUUAUGGGGACAAACAGCUACAUGUCAGUUUCAGAUCAAGCUUGAAGAUUUUACUUCUCCGAAGUUCACCAGUUGUCCUUCUAAUAUUGUAAAGAAAACUCAAAUGAAUAGUGAACCCAUUAGCUGGGUAUUGCCUGCAGUUGUUGACAAUUUAGGGGAUCCAAAGAUAACUGGCACACAUGAACCAAAGAGUGAAUUUCUAAUUGGAACCACCCUGGUCACCUACUAUGCUGCAGACUUGGCUGGAAACACCGCCAAUUGCACAUUUAAUGUGACACUUAUUUAUGAGCAACCAUGCAAUUUACCAGAAAUUAAAAAUGGAGUUUUAGACUGUGGUGGGGAUGACCAUGAACAAUGCAACAUCAACUGCAAUGAUGGCUACAUACCAAAUCCAUUAGACUUCUUUCCCAGAACCUUCAACUGUUUAAUGGAAAGAAAUGUUGAAGAAAUCAUUAAAAUCAUGAAGAAACGGGAACCAUGUUUAAAAUUACGCCGCCCAACAAUUGCUCUUCAAGAAUUUAGUUUGACCUUUAGUGGACCAUGUCACCCUAACAACACCAAGAUUAAGGAGAUUUUCAAGGAAAAUGUAAUUUCAAAGUUGGAUGAUAAAAUACUUUGUAUGGGUGCUAACUGUUCUCACGGUGAUGUGGCCAUUGUUUGUGGACCGGUCAUCAAGAAAAGGCGCUAUGCUGAAGAAAAAUUUAAUAUUACUUGGAAUCUGACAAUUAGUUAUAUCUCACCAUCAUUUGUCACUGUAAGCAGUGAUGGUUUUAGUGCAGGGCAAGUUAAAAGAAUUGUGGAAGACAUGAAGCUUGAACUCAGAAAACUGCAUGGUCACCUACAGUUCUUUUUUGAGAAAGAAAGAUUUAACAUUGUUCCUACUAGUGUCAUAUACAAAGAAUUUCAAUGGCUUUGUUUUCCUGGAGAAAUGAAAAUAAUGGAUGGCUGUGUCCCAUGCCCGUCUGGCUCUUAUAUGAAUGAAACGCAGGAGAAAUGUGUUUUAUGUGCAGAAGGAUUUCACCAAAACACAUCCAGCAGUAUAAAAUGCAUAGUGUGUACAGAAGGAACUACACUGGAAGCUGGUGCUCAAAGUGAGGCAGAAUGUGUUACAUUCCCAUCAAUCAAUGAAAUGAGUAAAUUUUUAAUGAUUACUGCAUGUUCUUUUGGAUUCAUCUUCUUAUGUAUGGUCAUCUUCAUCUACCUGCAAUACAGCCACAAUCGUAAAAAACCAAAGGAAGAGAAAAACUUAACAAACAACCCUCGUUACUUGACACCUAAUGUAUAUGCCCAAGCUCCAGUUCCUAAUCAGAAAUGCCCUGAUUAUAUACGUGCUUCAUCGCGUGAAUUUUACGUUGGCUCCCACGAUUAUGAGGAUAUUGAUGGUCAGCAUAAAUCAACUUUUGAGACAUUCUCCCGCCGCCCACCUGGCUGUAGAGAUUCAUACGCCUCCUUCAAGGCACCAACUGAAAUGACCUUCUUACAGACUGGCUCUCCUAAUUCCAAUUCACUGAGAACAUCUGAUGAAACAUUAAUGCCCAAUUCUCCUAGAGAAAGUGCUAAAUCUUUUAACCUAUAUGGUGACAACUUCCAAUAUCCCAUUUCCCCCAAUGGCACUUUAGGAUCCUUUAAGAGUUCUCCACCCCCAUCUCCAUACAGAAGCUUGCACCUGACCACCAACACCCCAGUACUUAGAGGCUCUAGAGACUCACCUACACCUAACGCACAAACCUUGAGCUCACUGCUGGGAGAUGAAAGCCCCUACACCAGCAGACUCAUUCGUGACCGACUCAUCGACCCAGAUAGCCCUUACAGGAUUAUUACUCAUGACAGAAGAACAGGAAGUGAAAGUCCCUUUUUGAUGAACAGAAGAUUAGAAUCUGAAAGUCCCCAUAAUAUAUUGUCACUAGACACAGGUAACAUUCAAGAUUCACAUUACAGAAUGGUGAACAAAGAAUCUCCAUACAGAAGUCCAGCUUUACAAAGAGAACUAGCCCAGUCAUUAAGCAGAGCAACUCAUGAUGCAAGUGGGAGAAGUCCAUCUUAUCCCCAUGUCAUAGAUACUCAAGGCUCACUCAGAUCAUUGAGAGAAAAUACAAAUUCCAAACAGGCAACACUACCUAGAGAGGAGACUAGUGCAUUUAUGCCAGUGGGAGACUUUCUCUAUAAACGGCCACCUUCCCCACUGUCACCCCCAAUUUCAAGCAGAAAAUCAAAUGAUUCUCUUCAAAGAUCACCAUCAACACCUAGAGCUUCUCCUGGUAUGUCUAGAAAACGUAUAGAUAAUCCUUAUAAAACACCACCUAUGAAUCAACGUCGAAAGCCUAAAAAUGAAUUUGGAAUUUAUGAAUAUGAAUAUGAUUAAAAUACUUCAUAAUUAUCAGGGAAAAAUUUUAUCAUAAUUAUCAAGGAAAAAAAAUUUGCUGAUUUUGAAUAAACUUUGCUUGCUGUUUCUGAUAUAGGACUUGAGAAAGGGCUAUUGCAACACAAAUUUGAAAAUAUUAAAAAAUAAUAAAUGAUCUCAAAUUUUGUUGACCUAACAUGUUAACAUUUUAAAAUAUAUAUUGUCAAAUGUUAAAAAAAUUCUAACAACUAAAUAAGCUUGAUAUUUGCAUCAAUAGAUGGAGGGUCUAUCAAAAUUUUUCACUUUGAAUGUGUAGAAAAAUAGUGCUAAGAGAAUAUAUGUAUUUGACCAAUUAUUUUAAAAGCUUUUUUAAAAUUAAAUGCAGACAUGACUUGACUGUCAUUGAACAUUAUUUCUGCACAAAAAACCAGAGAGAAUUUAAGUAUAAUAUAUUCACUAUAAAAAGUUGUUUUGUUCUUAAAAAGAAUAUAAUCUAAUGUAAUUGUAAUUAGCUAUGAAGUAGUUGUGUUUUAUUUUGUCCAUCAUGUUUUCUAGUUCACCAGCCUAGAUAUGAAACAAAAACUAAUUUAGUAAGUUGUCUAGCACUAAAUGGUGUGCUGAUAGAAAUAAAACAUUAAUUUAUUUUUCAUUCAUUCCAUGAAUUAAAAAAUUACUUGUAACAUAAACUAAUGUAUAUAUUGAUCAAAAUACUUAUUAUAUGUAGAUAUUGUUGGCUCUUUAUUAAAAUACACUCAUUUUGUAUGGUUAAGGCAAGUGAUAAAUGAAAACAAAUCAUGUUAAGAGUUUCCAUAAUUUUUUAAAUGGCGUAUUUUAUUGUAGGAUAUUUUAGUGUUCAUUAUAAAAUGAGUGUUUAGUAAUCUGAAUGUAACAAAGGGCUUUAACCACUAAUUGUAUUUUGUAAUAUAUUGUAUUUGCAUGAAAAAAAAAUCAUUUUCUUAAACAUACUUAAACAAAAAUAAAUGAUGCUAAUGUGCCAAUCAUAUCACAUUCAUUAGAAAUUUAAUUUUACAUAAAAUUUAUAAAAUUUCAUAUUUUUUGCUCAAGUUUAAAUUUUUCAUUUGUUUCACUGUCCAGGAUUGUUGUAGGGUUUUAAUCUGUACUGGUAAAUAUUUGCACAAAUUUUUUUUCAAUAUUAGUUUUAUGUUAUAUUUGUAAUAAAGUAUUUCUAUUUGUUGGCUAAAUCGAAAUAAUGUAGUCAUUAGAAUAAGAACUAAGUCUAGGUGUGUGAAAACAACAAGUGAAGCUUCAAACACAAAUUCAAAGAAAAAUGUUAAAAAAAGAAAAACUGAAUAGAUCUAUUUUUAUUUAAAAUUUUAUUUCAAUCUUCACCAUUUGUAUUUUGAUAAGAUGUUUUUAAUGUUUCUAAAAACUUUCAACACUAGCCUGUGGUGUCUUUAGUAAAUACUUGUAAAUACUAUAAAUAUCAUAAAAGCAUUUUUCACUUAUCUUUCAAGUGAUUUUGUUCUCUGAGCCUUUGAACAAUAUAUCAUAUGUUUGCAAAUUCUAAUUUUGUGUCUUAAUAUUGUUAAUAUUUGUAUUUUUAAGGAAUAAAUCACUUGUUUAGUUGGGUUUUUAAAAAAUUCAACUCAUAAAUGCUACUUAGAUUAUUCUCAAUUUCAUAGGCUUCUUUGAAUUCUUCCUAACAAUGUAUUCUAAUGAAAGUACCUAGACUUUUAGUAGUCUCCAACAUCAGCUGUGUAUGUGUAUGUAAAUGUUUGAAAUAUAUCCAUUGUUUAUAAAUAUUGAAUUAUACAAUACAUUAAAUUGCUUUAGAAUUACACAAAUAAAUGUUAGCCAUUGUUGCAAGACAUUAUUACCUGUCAACCCCUCCGUUAUAAACUUCCCCUCCCCCUUGUUAAAAAACUGCAGUAGAACUACCCCUCUGUUUAUAAAUUGACCAUCCUAACAUUUAGCAUAAUCCUGAAGGAAAGGUAACGUUAGUGUUAGAGCUAAUGUGAGGGUUAGUGAAGGACUAUUUAUUUCAUAUUGUCAACCCAUUUCAGCCUUUUUUUUAGAAUAUCAGGUUUCUCUCUACACUAAUACUAUAUAACAAGUAUGCUUGAGAGAUUGUAUUCACCAUGGCAAGGGAAGUAAUUGAAAGUAGUCAAAGGGAGGUAACUGAGAGGGUUAAUGACUGAGGGAACUGACCAGGGGGGGGUGAUGUCCAAGACCAUUAAAAUAUAUCAGGUAUCCUUAACUGUUUAAACAAUUCUCUACUGCUGGUGGGUCUGUUCUUCCAACAUGACUCAAUCAAUAAGUAACUACCUAAUUUGUGAGCAGUAUUCUGACAAUGAGAUGUGCCUAAUUAUAAUUGGAAGAUGUUUCUAUUUGAAAGCUCCACUCAUAUUAAGUGAAAAUACCUACACGUAUUUAAGACAUUUAAAUAAAUGUUUGGGGAAUAAAUGCACCAAUUUUAGAAAAUGAUCAGGAGAAUCUGUAGCUUUAGUAAGUUCUUUCUCAAAAAGUUUUUAAAACUGAAAGAAAAUAUCGAUUGUUAUUAUUUUAGUAUUUGGUGAGUAAAUAUUUGGUGAGUCUAAUCUAAACUAAUUUUCCUUUUAGCAAAUGUACAUAUUGGGUUAAGUUAAAUAUAUACAUUAUUUAUGAGGAGGACAUAGGGGAGUUUGGCAGAAGAUUGAAAAAAAGCAAUAUCUUUAUGUGAAUUUUCAAUGUAAUUAACAAAAAAUUAUUUUCUUUUAAAAAGUAGUACAUUUCAUUUCCUUAACUCAAACAUGUUAAACAUAAUAUGACCCAGUAGAAAGUAUACUAGCCUCACAAAUGUCUUGCUAUCAUAAAUAAACAAAGCUUGUCAUCAAGUACUCGAUUUAUGCAUUGUCAACUUUUGCAAAUUUGGUUGCCUUAUAUAAAUAAGCACUAUAUUCACACUUGAUAUAAUUUCUAUGCAAAGUAAUUGCUAGAUUUGGUUUUGUAAACAGAGUAACUGUACUAAAGUGAUAGUUAUAACUAACAGAGCCCUAGAUUCUGAUUUAGUCCAGUAAAUUAUUUAUUUUACAAUUCAAUAUGUUGCCUGUUUUUUUUAUUUAAUCCCCAUUCAAAUUUUUAUUUAAGGAGUAUAUUUUAUUUUUGAAAAAUUUAGGAUAUUGAUUUAGUAAUUACUAUUUUAAAACAUUAUGUCAUUGCCAAAAAUAGGUAAUUGAAAUUAUGAUGCAACUGAUAUUUUAAAUGAUUUAAAUAACUUUAUUAAGCAUUUACAAAAUUUAGAAAAUACAAUCUAUAAAUAAUAAUGCUUAUGUAUAAUCUGUCUUUUUUUUAACCUGCUUUAGUAGCAUUGAACAAAUUAUGUAUACACUUAAUGAUGUUUACAUUGUUGCUUAUAUAAAUAUGAGUCAUUUCUUCCACUAAAUAUUAAUACAAAGAUGGCAUUUAUAUCAACUGUUUACAUUAUUUAUUUCCCUAAUAUUUCACUUUAGGUUUUUUUAAGAAGCCCAUGUAUAAUUCUAACAAUACAAUUAUUAUUAAUUUAGUUUUUAAAAAUUUAGUAUUCAUUAUUUUGCUGGCCCAUAGCUGUACUUGUGUAAAGAACUCUUAUAUUGACCUUUUUUUUAAUAGGUAAAGGAGUGAGUGGUCAUGUAUCUAUUCCUCUAUGGAGAGGAAACCAUUUCUGCUAUUCAUACUGAGAUGUCAGUGUCUAUUUGAUAAAGUAUGUUUAGCUAAUUUACUUCAUCACUCAAAAAAUAAAAAGCCACAUAACUCUUUUAAAGUUAAAACACAUUACCUUCCGUGUUAGUGGUCAGAUAAUGUGUGACCACACUGUGUAUUUACAAUCACAAUAGUUUCUUGUCUUGGAGUUUCAGCAUUAAAUCAUGCACCCCACCAAACAUGCACCCCACCAAACAUACAUCCCACCAAACAUGCACCCCACCAAACAUACACCCCACCAAACAUACACCCCACCAAACAUACACCCCACCAAACAUACACCCCACCAAACAUACACCCCACCAAACAUACACCCCACCAAACAUGCACCCCACCAAACAUACACCCCACCAAACAUGCACCCCACCAAACACUACAAUAAACAUGACCCAACUAAACACACACCACACUAAAUAUGCACAAGACCAAACAUGCACCAAACCAUACACACAAUCUUUUCAAUGUCACAUAUUAUGAUAGUAGUGAAGUUCUUGUGAAUAUAAAAUGUCAAUUUUUCAUUAUGGUCAAUUUUGUUACAUUUAUUACUAUGAUUAUUUGACAUAGUUCAGUGUUCCUUCCUGAUUCAUUAAAUAAAAACCAAAAA